AUGUGGAACAAAGAGAAAUUGCAAACUAAAUCCAAAUUAUCAUGCCAAGACAUUUUCCCUGACUACGAUAACCAUCGUGUUUUCCUUCUUCCUUUCCCAAGUUUCACUCAAUUCAUAGGAAAGAAGCGAGACCUUGGAGUUUACUUUUCAGGCAGUCUGUUUGCCCUAGGCUGGUGGUUUUUCAUCGAUGCUGUGGUUCUUUCCAACACUAUAGAUAAUGAUACUCAACCGGCAAUAGGUUUCGAAGAUUGGAUGUGCGGGAUUUCCAGCUUUGCUCUGAUGGCAGGAGGCUUGGCGAGAUCUGUGACCAUAUUAAUUCUCAAGCAUAUUGUGCCUGAAGCUGGACUACCUUACAUUUAUUUUGGAAUUGAGGAGGUUAUUCAAAAUGUUGCCAUCGUGCUCAGUUCUGUGGUGCUUUGGAUUUCACAAAACGCAGAGUCCGACAAUAUCGAUAAUUAUCUAAUAUAG